UCUCCUCCUAUUCCUAAUCGGGGGGUGGGCGCGGGUGUGCCGGAUGGCCCGCAUACAGAGUACUUGCAGCGUUUUUACGAGCCUGGCUUGUUACCCCCUGGUCUGUCACAUCAACCAGCGCCGUGCGAACCGUACUGUGUGCCUACCUUUGCGGGUUUAGGUACUUUUAGGGGGGGCACAGCACCGUUCGUCCACUGAGAGCCAGCGAGGCUUGCAUGCAUACGAGCCUGUGCAGAGAGGGGGUGUUUUAGCUCGGUGCUAACCACCGUGCCCCCCGGCAAGGUUUUCUCCCAGCGUGCUUUUUUUUUUUUAGCUUCGCUUCCUUGCAGCGCUUGCUCCGUCACUGUUAUCAGCGCUAAGUUGCUAUCCAGGCGCAGCAAAGAAAAAAAAACAAGUGCCCACCUUUCGAGUGCCCACACCCCCCCUACCUGGAACAGCCCGUGUAUCUGUGUCGCCAUUCACAUUCUUCGUCUUCUUCUCUUCUCCAUUCUCUAACCUUCGUUUUGACCGUGCCAAUCGUCUCACAUUCGUUUUCUAUCCUGUCUGUUCUCGUUGUUUGCCCGGGUUGCAUUUGUUUGCCAGCAAGAUCAGGCUGCUUUAGCCUUAUUCUUCUUUCGAUCUAAAACAAACCAACACCCGCCCGUCUGCUAGCCAACACUCGCUCGUUCUUGUUGGCUGAGCUACAAUCAGAACCGACUUCUCUUCAACAUGGCUGGCUACGCCAAUUCUCCCAACAUGCGGCGCUACCAGCAAUCAGAGGAGCACGUAGACAUGGAUGUUUUCCAUGCUUCUCCUCAGCCCAUGUCCCAGCAGCAUUACUCACCUCCGUCAUUCUCGCAUCCGCAGGCAUACUCCGAUGAUUACAGGAUCCGCUCUGUUCCGGAAUCUGCGCGAAACAGCGAGUAUUCGCGUACCGAUUUUACGAGACCGGAACGCGGAAGGCAAUACGGCAGUAGCAACCGAGAUUUAUCAUCGCCCGACCACAGCAGAAUUGCUCGUCCCGCUCAAGUCUAUUCGGAAGACUACAUGUCUCCUCCACAGCAUCCAUCGCCACAAUGGGGACCGGUGCACGUCUCUCGCUUCAGCCAACAGUCCUUUGAGACGCCGGUUCAAUCUCGAUCGGCCUCGCCAACUCUGGUGAGCGGGCGUGUCACUCCUAUGAACCGCCUUCCUCACACCAAACUACAACAAGACUCGUGGCCCAACACACCCAUGCACCAAAGCAAUGUCAGUCUGGCAGCAUUGCUCCCAGGCGGCCAUUCACCCGUCAUGUCCAAGGACUGGGUCAAGGAAGGUUACAUUGCCCGUCUUCAUGAACGCGACGACAGCGAAAUUUGGAAGGGCUGGAAACGACACCUCUACUUUGCAGUGCCUUACCUGACCAUCCUUAACACUCUCAUGUAUCUCGGAUACUUUGCCUAUCGCAUUUACUGCGUCGCCGACGCUCAGAACAGGAAGCAGCAGAGCUAUGCUCAAGCAUGGAUCUUCAUUGGCGUAGAAGUUGCCGUCGCCAUUCCUUCCCUCAUGCAUAACAUCUGGACCAUGUGGGCUAUCAAGCAGCGCCGCAGACCCAGAUUGAGACUCGUCAAUGAUGACGUUCCCACUGUUGAUGUCUUUGUCACUUGCUGCGGUGAAGAUGAUGAAGUCGUCCUCGAUACGGUUCGUGGCGCCUGUGACAUCGACUACCCCAAGGAUCGCUUCCGUGUCAUUGUGCUUGACGAUGGCAAAUCAGCCAGUCUCGAGGAAGCAGUUAACCACCUUGACAUGAUUCAUCGCAACGUUGUGUACAUGGCUCGCCCCAAGUUCCCUGGUGUCCCCCAUCACUUCAAGGCUGGUAACCUCAACUAUGGUCUCGAUGCUGUUCACAACUUACCUGGCGGUGCUGGUACCUACAUGGCUGCGUUGGAUGCAGAUAUGAUCCCGGAAAGAGACUGGCUCCGUGCUAUCCUACCUCACCUCUUGCUUGACGAUCGUAUGGCCCUUGCCUGUCCUCCUCAGCUGUUUUACAACACACCACCUUCCGACCCUCUCGCACAAAGUCUCGACUUCUUCGUCCACGUUAUCGAGCCUAUCAAGGAUGCUCUUGGCGUCGCCUGGUGCACUGGCUCUGGUUAUGUCGUCCGUCGUGAAGCUCUUGAUCAGAUUGGCAACUUUCCUCUUGGAUCUCUGGCUGAAGAUGUUGCUACCUCUACCCUCCUCCUUGGUAAGGGUUGGAAGACUGCUUAUAUUCACGAACCACUUCAAUUCGGUACUGUACCUGAGGACUAUGGCGGCCAUCUCAAGCAGCGUACUCGAUGGGCCAUUGGUACCGUGGAUACGGCGUUCAAGCUCAAAUUCUGUCUCUGGGGAGAGCAGGUCCGUGAGAUGACCUUCGCACAACGCUUCUCAGGCUUCCUCUACGCAGCCCUCAGCAUGUACACGAUUCUUUUGACCAUUUCGAUUUUUGCGAUCCCCGUCAUUCUGGCCAUGGGUAAGCCUCUGGUCGCCUUUGCGGACGAAACCCAAUUGCAGUGGCUCAUUCGUAUUUGCUUUGCCUCCGUCAUUGUCAACAGAGUGACAGAAUUUGCACUUUCGCUUCCUGCAGGUUAUCAUACCGCCAUGCGAGGUUCGCGAUACCAGAUUUGGAUGUCUCCUUAUCUUGCUCUCUGCAUCGUUCGUUCGUUCGUCCUGCCCAAGUGGCUCGGUGGCCAAACUCAGGCCUUCAAGCCUACAGGUUCUCUGGGCUCGGCCCUGAAUGAACGUGACCCUAGAACCAGAAAGGGCAUGUUCCGCCGUGUGUUUGCUAUCCUCUUUAACUACAUGGCCUGGUUCCACAUGGCGUUCGUGUAUCUGACACUGGUUGGUGUUGUGUACAGCUCCUACAGGUGCUUCAAGGUCCCUGGUGGCUGGCAGAACAUUCUCAAGUGCCUCAUGAUGUCGGCGUUUUACCCCCCUUGCACUGCUUUCACGCUCUGCUCUAGUCUCUGGGUCCCCAUCGCAUACGCUAUCGACCCUCCUUCAAUGCCUGAUCGUGAGGCUCUCUUGGUUCGCGACAACAAAACCGAGGUUGCUCAUCCAACUCGCAAGGCCAAGAAGAUUGCCUUUGGUGGUCAGGCCGUGUGGUUUGAGCUUGAGUAUACUAUGACGACGUUGUACACCUGCUUCGCCUUCGUGGCCACUUUCUGGUUCAUUGGCACCACCUUGUAAUAGCGAUGAAAUUACAUGCGCUAUCCGACUGUUUAGUCUCUGUUUGUUUUAUUCUUUGGGAUUUCCUUGGCUCAAAACAUGAAUUGCAUGGUUUUGCGAAGGUUUAUUGUUUAUGAUUUUGGUACUCGACACAUAACUGGUUUGGUGGCACGGACAACGGCGUUUUAUGGUUCUAUAUGACCAAAUGUGGCAGCAAGUAGCCCUGCAGUGCCUCUGUAAAGGCUACCGGUCAUCAUCGAUGGAAUGGAUCUUAAUAUGUAUAUGCUGGUGUGUGAACUUGGUUUUUAGAUUUGCGUCAUAGAACGGGCCUUGCUAGAGCCCACAAUGUAGAAACACAUGCAUUUAUCAUC